UCCCCAUCUCUCUCCCAUCUCUCUCUCUCCCAUCUCUCUCUCUCCCCAUCUCUCUCUGUAGACUCUGAGACGAUCCGUCUGCCGUAUGAGGAAGGCCAGCUGUUGGAGUACCUGGAUGCUGAGGAGCUUCCUCCUAUCCUGGUGGAUCUGUUAGAGAAGUCCCAGGUGAACAUCUUCCACUGUGGCUGUGUGGUAGCUGAGGUCCGAGACUACAGACAGUCUGGCAACACUAAGAUGCCCUCCUUCCAGAGCAGACACGUCCUGCUACGGCCCACCAUGCAGACACUGAUCUGUGACGUCCAUGCCAUGACCAGUGACCACCACAAAUGGACUCAGGAUGAUAAGUUGCAGUUGGAGAGCCAGUUACUGCUGGCCACAGCUGAUCCUCUGUGUCUGGACCCAUCUAUCUCUGUCACCUGUACAGCCAAUCACCUGCUCUAUAACAAGCAGAAGAUGAACACCCACUCUAUGAAACGUUGUUUUAAGCGUCACUCUCGGGCGGCGUUGAACCGUCAGCAGGAGAUGUCCUACCUGCCCAUGCCCCCCCAGCUGCGUCUCUAUGACUACCUGCAGAGGAGGAAGGAGAGGAAGCCUGCCCCCUCGAUAGACCUGAAGAUCUCCAAGGCCGGAAACUGUGUGGACAUGUGGAAGCAGAGUAACUGCCAGCUGACUGUCCCCAAGGAGAUUGAUGUGCAGAAAUAUGCAGUGGCGGAGAGGUCUGUGAAGCUGGAGGAAUCUCAGCCCACUGUCUGGCCUGCAGAGGAAGUGAUAGAUGACUAUACGUUUGAGUGUGAGGUUGGGGGUAAGACCCAGACGACCAAAGUGUCCAUCUUCCAGUCGGUGGGAGACCCGGUCUACGGAAAGAUCUACUGCACCAAACAACCCAAAGCUGAGGAGGACGGCAGCGACCUUCAGCUCCUACACCCAUCUUUCCUAAUAGGCUCAAAGAUAGAUGCCGAUCGGUUCCUGUCCCAGUAUAAGGGUGUAUAUGAGUCAGACGUGAAGUGCCAGGUGAAGAUGUCUCAUAACUCAGGAUUCGUGGGACAGAACCGGGUCUCACCCAGCAGAGAGACUGAGGCGGAUGGUCUAUCAGCCCUGGUUCAGUCGUCAGGUGUGUUGGGGAAGGGGGUGAAGCACCGGCCUCCCCCUAUCAAACUACCCUCCGCGUCGGGCAGCAGCUCCACGGGUAACCUGUAUAGUUCAGCCCAGGCUACCAGUGGUCUCCUUAAGUGUCCUACGCCCCCCCCAGGAACAGGCCCUGGCUCAGUCAAGCCCCAGUCUCUGAGUAGGAAGCACUCUGUGGAGCUGGGGCAGGGGUUACAGCUGGGGGGUCAGUUAGGGCAGGUGGGGUUGUUGUCCCCGGUAGCCCUAUCUCCCAUGGGGACAACACAGAGAUCAGGGACCCCCAAACCCUCCACCCCCACCAGCACCCCCUGUUCCACCCCUCACCCCCCCGACUCCCUCCUCUCCCUCUGUCCCCUCCCGUCCUCUGUCACCCCCACCCCUCUGGAGCCCCAGACCCUCCUGGCUCCGUACCCCCAGCAGCAGCUGUCCCUGUCCCCCCAGCAGCAGCUGUCCCUGUCCCAGGCGUUGCCCGUCAUGACCAUCCCUCUACCCACCAUGGGAACCUCCAUCCCAACGGGAACCACCUCCUCUCAGGUCAUGGCUAACCCUGCUGGACUCAACUUCAUCAACGUGGUGGGAUCUGUCUGCAGUCCCCAGACUCUGAUGAAUUCUAGUCAGAUGUUGGGUCCUGGUCUCAACCUGAGUGGUCUAGGAGGACUGAUGCCCACCAUGCAACCAGCCACACAAACAGGGAGUCCGUUUGGUUUGAACAGUAGUCCAGGCCUUAGACCCCUCAACCUGCUACAGAUCCCAACAGGUCCUCUGAUCUUUAACUCUUUACAGCAGCAGCAGCUCUCCCAGUUCUCUCCUCAACAGAGUCAGUCUGCUACGUCCAGCCCACAGCAGCAAGGAGACAUGGGUGAUCAGGGGUCAGACCAGGGUAUUGGUGCUCAACAGACUGCUGUCAUCAACCUGACUGGAGUAGGAGGCUUCAUGUCCCCACAGACAGCAGUGCUGUCCCAGUUAGGCUGUGGUCUGGAUGGCUCUGGUCCCCCCCUGCCCUCUCCAAGGCUUCAGCAGCCGCAGAUACAAUUGCAAUUCUUGCACCAAAUGCAGCAGCAAAUGGCUAUGAGGGGGGCGGGGCCUCCGGGGGCGUCGCCACGGCUACAUACCGCCAGCCAACCAAGAAGUAAGAGGAAGAAGAGCACACCGCAGCCCCACCCCUAAUCAUGACGAUGACGACCCCCUACACACACUCACACACACACAUAAAAUGACCCCCAGCCAUCUGGUGAGCAAUGCCAUGGCACCUCCCCAAAUCAUGGAGAGAAAACCAACCCCCCCCUUCAUGAAGACAUGAAUGAUCCAAACUGCACUCUUUCCUCCCUCACUGUGGAGACUCUCUUGCCCCCCAACUCCCUCACUGUGGAGACUCUCUUGCCCCCCAACUCCCUCACUGUGGAGACUCUCUUGCCUCCCAACUCCCUCACUGUGGAGACUCUCUUGCCUCCCAACUCCCUCACUGUGGAGACUCUCUUGCCCCCCAACUCCCUCACUGUGGAGACUCUCUUGCCCCCCAACUCCCUCACUGUGGAGACUCUCUUGCCCCCAACUCCCUCACUGUGGAGACUCUCUUGCCUCCCAACUCCCUCACUGUGGAGACUCUCUUGCCCCCCCAACUCCCUCACUGUGGAGACUCUUGCCUCCCAACUCCCUCACUGUGGACUCUCUUGCCCCCAACUCCCUCACUGUGGACUCUUGCCUCCCAACUCCCUUACUGUGGAGACUCUUGCCCAACUCCCUCACUGUGGAGACUCUUGCCCCCAUGUCUCCCUCACUGUGGAGACUACAGGCAAAAAUACUUGUUAUUUUGUAGCUGAGAGAAGAUGAAAUGUAUGAUGUAAUAACGGAUAACACUUUUUCACCCAGCAUCAUAACACGUUAUGUCACGGUCAUAACCAUGUCAUAACACUGUCAUGACAUAUAUUUAGACCUGUUGUGACAUAUAUAUUGUGUUAUAUGGCUGUUUAUGACACCUACAUAAGUGUCAACCUACCACACAAGGCAAAACAUUCCAUUGCAAUCCUUUAACCUACGUGUGAACAGUACAUUUAUAUAACAUUUUCUGAAAUUCACCAUAUUAAAUAUGAAUUGUAAUUGCGUACACAUUGAUGUCAGACGUGCACCUAGUCCAAUGCUCUGUUGUUGAUGACUGCAGGAGCAGGACAAGACACCCUCUUUGUGACUGACAUAAGGACAUGUACGUGAUUGGACUAUCUGAUUAUGACGUCAUAAAGUGUAUUUUCUAAAAGUUUUUGAAAAAAAUAUGAUGGAACAAAAAACAUAAAGAAUUCAUUACAACAAAGGAUUUAAGAAACAAACUAAAUUUUUUUAAGUAAACUUGGCCUAGGGGAAAAAACUGAUUUGAAUUAGUGUGGGUUUUGACACUUAUGCAGGGGUCAUAGCCGGCCAUACAAUAAUGCAACAACAGGUGUAAAUAUAUGGGUCAUGACAGUGUUAUGACCAUAUUGAGAGGUUAUGACACUGGGUGUCACCAAUAAUGAUUUUGGUUGGUAUGGCCGGGCGUGUGAGCCUCAACCAGGUUGUCCCGACGACCAUAGAACUGUUUUUUAGAAACAGAACCUACCGUUUUAAAAUAACCUAUUUUUGAAAUGUGUUUAGAAAAUGAAGAUGUGUUCUUUUGUUAGUGGGAGGUGUUUUCCUACCCGACUGCUGUCCGGUUAUGUCCCCGUAUCAUGCCACUGUGUCCUCCCUAUGGUCGGUUAUGUCCUCCCUAUGGUGGCUCAAACAGCCUAACUCGUGGACGGACACUGACUGCACAGCACAACUCAGAAGACUCCUCGUGAACGACCGUGCCCGAUUCUGCAUGGCUUUGGGUGCAUCUGAAAAUGGUACACUAUUCCCUUCAUAGUGUACUACUGUUGAUCAGGCUCUGGUCAAAACUAGUGCACUGUAGGAAAUAGAGUGCCAUUUACAGUGACAGAAUAGCUCUCUCUGCGGGAAGAUGAUCUUGAUGCCGAACACAACAGAGAACUUGUUUUCCCAGCAUGCAAUUGCUGAGUGCGUUUUUCAUAUGGCAUUUUCUUGUACUAGUGGGGACGGCUGGGCAGUCAAGAACAAGUGUAUAUUUGUGAGACAUUUCUGGGAUACUGAGGCAGAAUGUUUUAAAAUGGUCUUUAUCAGCAGUUUAUUGUGAUAAAGAAAAUAUAUAUUGACAGGAAAAUACAACUUUUAGAGAAACAUAAAUGUGUGUGUGUGUUUAUUUCGGUGUCUUGGCACUCUGUAUGACUUUGUCGAUGAGUUUGCGGACCUCCCUGUGUCUCGUCGUGGCUCUGCUGAUACAAUCCUGAAGCUUCUCACCUGAUA